AUGGACUAUUCACUCGAGAACCACAAGUCUUUCAUCGGAAAGUCCAUUUCCGAACUCCCUACGCCAUCGUUGGUGGUGAAUUUGCCGGUGCUCAAGAAGAAUAUUGAUGCGUUACAUCACGAUGUAGAGAAGCUUGGCAUUGGCUUUAGGCCUCAUGUCAAGACGCUAAAGACCCUUGAGGUUACGAGGUUGAUGCUUGCUGGGGGCAAAUACAAGGGCAUGAUUGCUUCUACCAUCCCUGAGAUUAAGGGUGCCUUACCUUUGGUAGAGGAGGGUCUUGUAGAAGAGUGUCUGUACGGCAUCCCAGUUUAUCCAGGAGUUCUGCCCAGAUUGAUUGAGCUCCGAAAGUCACUACGCAUCCAGCUCAUGGCGGACAAUGAGCAACAGGUCUCUUUCCUCGAAGAGUCAUCUUCAAGCAAACAACCAUGGGACAUCUUCAUCAAGCUAGACGUCGGCUCCCACCGAGCAGGUGUUGAUUUAAAGAGCGACUCUCUGAACCGACUAGUCGAGCGCGCAGAAAAGUCUCCUGCUGUCAAUAUCUACGGAUUCUACUGUCACGCAGGCCACUCCUACGGCGGCCGCUCCCGCCAAGAAGCAGAAGAAACUCUCAAUGUCGAAGUAUCAAGCGUCCUCUCGGCCGCCAAGCUUCUCCCAUCCUCGCGUCAACUCGUCAUCUCUGUUGGCAGUACACCCACAGCGCACGUCGUAGAAAGCCUCAAGGCCUCAAUGCCCGAAAACCUUCACUUCGAGCUUCACGCAGGCAAUUUUCCCUGCAACGACCUCCAGCAAGUCUCAACCGGUCUCGUGACCGAAUCUCAACAAGCUGUGACCGUCGCAGCCGAAGUAUGCAGCGUUUAUCCGGAAAGGAACGAAGCGCUUGUUAAUGCUGGUGUUAUUGCGUUGUCGCGCGAGGCCAGUGCCUUUAGCGGAUUCGGCCGAGUGGUGGGCUGCCCGGCGUGGGGUGUCGUGCGAUUAUCCCAGGAACAUGGGAUCCUAGGCACAAGCGAGGGACGAAAGGUAGACGAGGAAUUUAAGCAAUUCUUUAGGAUAUUACAUCCUCAACCACUCGAAUCUACUCUCAAUUCCCCUCCGUUACAUUACCCCGCCUCCAUCAUCAUGUCUUACGCCGAUAUUGCUGCCAAGGGCCCCAAGCAGAGCCCCGAGGAUGCUGCUGCCCCUCAACCUCCCCAAAUCAUCUCUGACGAGUCUGCCUCCACCGCCUCUCUGGUCGACGUCGACAUGCCUAGCGUGCACACUGUCCCCGCCGACUUCCUCGAGCAGGAAGUUCAGACCGAGACCCAAGCUGCCCGCCUAGAGCGCGAGGAGGAGGCCAAGGAGGAGAAGCGAAAGCGUGAAUCCGCCACCGCAAAGGCCAAGCAGACCGACAACUGGCUCAUCCAACAAUUCUCCAAGCUGUCCGACGGCAACGCCACUGGUCUUGUUAUUGCCAACUUCGCUACCGUCGUCGGUCUUAGUGCAUACCUCGGCUACAAGGGUUGGGGCCUGUACGAGAAGGGCAAGCUCGACUGGAAGGCUGUCAGUCUCGGUGCCGGUAUCCUCGCUAGCGUUACUGCCGCCGAGGGCGCUGUCGGUCGAUACCUGUACAAGGGCAAGAAGGGUGGUUCUUAG